AUGCAGUUUAAUCAACCAAUUAAUAAUGGUUUUCAGAAUGAACAGUUCUGCCCAUAUUAUGCACCACCAUUGCCAUACACAGAUAUAGUUGGUGAGGGUAACGUUGCAUCCCUAAUGUUUCCCGAUGGGUCCGUGCAAUUCUUCUUCAUACCUACCCAUAAACGAGAAAGAAGAUUCUACCCAUAUCAUCCCUGUUUCGGACAAGUACAGGGGCCAGUUGAGGCGUGGUUUAUAAGACAAAUGUCCACACCUACAAAUCCAAAUGCAAUGGAAAAUAUGCAAUAUGGGGAUCCCUCCCUAAGGUCAUAUUACGCAUCAAAACCCAACCUGGAUUUAGUACCAGAAAAGCCAUAUUACCAAAAGUUUCAUAGCGAUAACGUCACCUCGACAACAGAUAUCCAUUAUUUUUUCCCGCGCAAAACUACAUUAAAGCAUUCUGCUUUUGUGCAAGUGGAACACCCAGCCAAGUAUAGUAUUUGUUCUCAAACUGAUUACAUCGAUGAAACAUGUUUUUGUCCAAAGAAGUCUAAAAACAAAUGUGAAUACACUACGAUCGAUUCUAGCAGCGCAAUGUCCAUUGACGAAGAGGCACAAACUAAAGAAAGGCGAAAAAAGGAUGCUAAAGUGAGAUUUAAAACGUCCAAAUCUAGAGAACGCAAAAUAUGUUACUGCAAACACAAGCAUGACCGAGGUGUAGAUCAAUCCGAUAAAAAGAUAUCAACAUACACAGAUCAAUCAAUCAAUUGUGCCGGUGCAACAAGUCAAAAUUCCCAAACCCCCAGGAAGGGGUCUAAUAGCUCUAUAAAGCCCAAUUUGCCAAAAUCCAAUUCCAAGACGUCCUGUGAUAGCUGUUGUGGUACUUGUUUCUAUUGCGUCACUGAUUGUACUUCAGACGGUUUUUAA